AUGGCCUGGCGUCGACUAUCGAAACCAGACGUGAUAUCUGUACUGGAACGGGAAGGAAAGCACUUAACUCGAUCCCAGAAACGCUCUCGUAAUCUUUUGAAUGAAGAAAUAAACCGUAGUGGUGAUGGUGUCAUUCAGGCACUGAAUGAUUUGGCCCAUCAGCGCGGGCUCGAACAUGGCUUUCUGGAUAUCGCGACUGAGAAGGAAAAACUGUUGUCCGUGAAGGGUGGUGUUUGUGGAUGUUGUGGAAGGGAGGUAGGGGCGGGUGCAUGGACAGAGGUUCAGUUCGUGGAAGUUCCGAAUGUUCAUCAGUUGCAACCAAGUGAAGUUCACGAUGGAAUGCGAUUGACGUUGGGGCUUUUAUUGAAUGAAGCGGCAUUGCGUGAAGGUGAUGAUGGACACAGGAUUGUGGGAUGUGUUAUGAGUGUCUUGGAUCGUUAA